UAAUUUCAUGAAUGCGACCGCAAAGGAGAGCAAUGGCAGUGUGAAAUAUGUAUAUCGUUGCAGCUGCAGUUUCUUUCGUUACAAUGUAUUUUGGCUGCAACAAAGUAAAAAUCGUCGUCGCUCGUCCAUGCGCACCCACCGAUGACAACCAUUGACCAUUUAAAAGAUAAUAAAGCUUAACCGUACAAAACGAUUAUUUCAACGUGCCUGGCGGGGUGGAAACGGUACACAAAAAAAAAUAAACAUAGUAAAUGCUUAAGAAGCUUGCUAAAAAGAUAAAAAAAGCACACGCACAGACCCCACCACAACAACCGCCGGGAUACAUCUUUUCCGGUCGAAACAUUUUCCAGUCGGGCAUGGAAAAUGGGAAAAAAUUGAGCGGAAAAUCGUCGUCGCCGGGUACUGUCGUAAAUUAAAUUUUAUGCACCAUACGGAACAAUCAUCGAGACCGGGCCCUUGAGCGCGUAUAGCUGUCAAAACAGUAGUAACUGGACGUGUUGGCAGGUGGAAUGGGUAUAACAAGCAAAAAAAAAAAAAACGAAUCCCCCGCCGCGAGAGAUACGCUCGCUGAAGCUGUCAGUGGUGAUUUUAUUUUAUUUCCCUAAUGUUUUAUGCUGAAAAUAUUCACCAUAGAGAUACAAAAAAACAAGAUAAAGUGAGCCGUAGUGAGAAUGUUAUUUUCUAUGGUGAGAAGAAUGUGAGACCAUGCAAUGGAAACCAGAAACUAAUCCAGAAGAUUAAACAGAGAUUUAAUGGUGUUAUAUUGGUGAAAUUGCUCUAAAAGCUUGCGAGAUAUUUCGAACUCAAAGCCGCUUUACUGUGAAAUAACCUUUGAAGUAAAUAAAAAAAAUAACCAUGAUUUUCCGUGCCUCACUAUUUCCUCUUUCGAAGUGUUACUGUGUAUAAGUGUGACUGUGUAAUAUCGAGGGUCUCACUGUUCCGUGUGUGCGUAGGUCGAGUGAGUGAUUCAGUGAAAAAGGAAAAAAGGGAAACAAAAAAACGUGCUCCACCAAAUUUCCCAACAGGAAGUCGUUUCUAGUGUCCUUUAUUCCCAUCGUUUUUUUUUCUUCGUUGGAGUCCCUACCCGUUCCCAAGUUCCCUACCCGGGAUGCCAUGAAUCGAUGGGCGAGAAAAUGGGAAAAGUUCUAGCGGCCAUUCCGGCGCUCAACGGCAGCAUAUCGACGAUAAAUUUCAGCAUUAAGCUGCUCAUCUACUGUCUGAUGGUGCUGAAUGUGAAAACUUUCGGCCUGAAGUGCGUCUGCAAUCCGGACGAGUGCGACGUCAUACGGCCGGAGGACUGCCCAGGCAAGGGCUACAUCGUGUGGGAUCCGUGCAAGUGCUGCAAAGUGUGUGCACGAACACUCGGCGAGGCGUGCGGUGGACCGGGCGGAUUUUCCGGGACGUGUGAACCACCACUUAGCUGCGUUUCCAAGCCACCGGUCGGUGGUUCUGGCGUCUGUAUGGACGUACCACCGACGAGUCUCGAUGGGGAUCGGCCGGGUGAGAACGACUGUCCGGAAACCGUGCUGAUCGAACCCGGUUGCGAGAUUGUCAAUCGGAAGUGCAAAUGCUGGGACCGGAUACGGCUGUGCAAAAGCAAGUCCAUCAGCAAGUGGGAUUUCAAAAACAUGGAGGAAUGCCAGCUGAAUAUUGAAAAUCUCGUGAAAACGGAGCUCGAGUUCGACGAGGACUAUACGGCACCGCCGAGAAUAAGUUUUGAAUCGAUCGUUACCAGUCGGGGUAGGAGGAGAAAAAAGCUUUUUCAGGACUUUGAUUUGUUCUAAAGCGCCAUUAGGUGUCAUAGGUGAAGCAUAAGAAACCAUAACGUUUUAAUUAAAUUAGACACGCAUCGACACGGGCGGUGCGUGUAAGCUUUAGCGCCCGCAGCCCCAAAACGAGCGUGUCAUAAAUGUGUGUCUGUGUGGUGUGUGUCGGUACACGUGACACACGCAAGUUUUGUGCAUAUAAUCCCACUAGCUGUAUGUGUGUAUGUGUAUAAAUGUGUAUCAGUGUUUUUAAGUGUAGCAGAUAUUAGAACGGAUUGUUUGUUUGGCAGCAGGCAAUAGGCAAACAAACCUUGCUGCAACCCCGUCGUAUGGCAGUGCCGUGCUGUAUAGACGCUAGGCGGCUUAAUUACAGCUUCACAAAACCCGGAACUGCAUCUCGUAAGGAACAACGCUUCGUCUAACUUUGAAGAAAGUAGCGCGAAAGAACGUAAAACGCGAGACGUGUAGCAAAGUUAAAGAUUUUGCCGUUAGUUGUGGUGCCGAUAGCAAAAACCGACUACUGCACCAGUGUAACUAGCUUUAAAGGAAAUUAAAAAAAAUAUCGAACCAGAAACAAAAUCAAACCAAUACAAUAUUGCACUGUUAAAAUAAAGAAGAAGAAAAAAACACACACCCAAGCAAGUAAGUAAAACACAAUCGCAACUGUAGUACGAGAACGGCAAUAAGAAAAGUUUCUUAAAACAUAAAAGAAAAGCAAGAAAGGAAGUAAGCAAAGUAGAAGAAAUUUCCUUCACUAAAGCGUGCCUUGAGUGUUGAAUACAAAAGCAAAAAAGGAAGAAGAAGCUAAAAAAGAGAGAAAAAAAGAGUGCAAACAAAAGUAAAAGCAAAAAGUAAGAAAGAGUGUAACUAGAAAGUGCAACAAAAAAAAAGGUAGAAGAAAGAUAAAAGUUCAAGCAUAAAUUGAAUUCGUUCGUUCGAAUGUAAGUGUUUGUGGGUGAUCGAUUGUGUAAGUAAAAUAAUAGCGCACACAAGAAAAAAAAGAGAGAAGUGAUUCAAGAAGCAAAGUGUAAGCAAAGUGUGAAAAUUGAGCAAAACGAGCGACAGUUGCUCGAUCUAACCGGAAGGUGAAUACUGUGUCCUGGUACGUGUGUGUGUGUGUUUGUGUGUAGAUUGCUGCACUCGGCAGCAUUAUCGGCAGCGGCAUCUUUUAUCCCCGACAACGUCGACUCUUCGGACCAUUCUACCGGAAAUGGCACCGAUUCGAAACCGCCCUUCAACUCUGCAAGCCCUGCGACUGGUACGGGCGAUGGCGCUAGUGUUCGUGAUUGCAACGCUACUGGCAACCAGUUGCACAGCCGACGAAGCCGUUACAGGUAAGCGUUUCAAUUCUACAUCCGGUGAUGUAUUUUUCCAUUUUUCGUUGCAAAGCUAAAGGUAAGAGCGAUCGUGUUUUGUAGCAGACAUUUUAUCCCCAAAACUGUUUGGAUGAAUUUAAUUUACCAUCAUCAAGAAAUAAUCCCUACAUGUCAUUGACACACCGAGUGUGUCUUGAAAUAAAACAAAUGGUAGAAUGUUUUAAAAUAGAUCACCCGAAAGUGAUCGUCUUCGCCACCCGUUUUUUGUUGGUUAAAACCAGUAUGAGAAAUGGUUACAAUUGGCAACAUUUUUCACAUUCCAACAUUUGAAACGAAACUCGACAAACAACAGGCGCUACGCGAACUGUUCCGAACUGACAGACAGAUAAUUCAAGAUGCAAUUAGUUUAUCGAAAACACUCCCCAAAAGAAGAAAAGAAAAGAAAGCCAAUUCCACAAACUUGCCGACGCGAACCCGGCGCUUGAUGCAAUAUCGCUACCAACUUGUCAGAAAUGAGGUUUGAAAAUAAACAUUUACCCAUCACACACUUACCAUACACAUAGAUGUACGAUCGGUUUGAUCACGUGUACUACGGGGUGAACGUUUUACAAGCAAAAAAAGGGGGGGUUAAGGGUGGGACGGAGAUUCACGCAAGAUCGAUUCCAGCACGCGCGGUCUAGACGAUUCGUUGAACAUUCCACUUGACAUUCCGGAAGGAAUGGAUCGACAAUCGGCGUUCUGCUGUUUAUUCUUUUGCCGAUUUUCGCUUGUACGCGCACUGCCAAAUGUAUCACGCGCUUGUUGUAGCAAGGCACGCCUGACACGGCAACAGAAUAGAAGAUGGUUAGAACACAAAACAACAAUUAAAAAAGAUCAAAAGUAUCGUCACCGAUGCGAAACACGAUGUGUUGCUAUUUUGUUGCACCAUUUUCAAUGAGCCAUGAAACUAUAAUAGUGUGACAUGUGUGCAGUCACCAUUUCUCUAGUGUCUAUUGCUUGAAGAAAAUUUUAAAAAAAAUAGGUAAAGUGACUAUUUUGAAACAAAUAUUUUCUAAUUCUAAUUCACCAAACAGAAGGAUGCAUUUGAACGCGUGAUGAAAACAAAUUUCUGAAUGCUAAGUUGCAGAAUACGACCAGCUGAUCGUGCCGUGACACUAACGUUACGCCUUUUCCCCUUUGGUAAGAUGAGAAAGAUCCCCACUUGCUUACUUGUUUACACCCCGAAUGACAAACGAACCGUGACACACUUAUACAGAUCGGCGUCACUGCGAACGAGCGGACAAAAAUCUGUUCGCGCAACACGCAUCACUGCCGUACGGACUUGGACGCGCAUCUUUUCACUGUCGGUGGCGGCAUAAUGGUGUUGUUUUGAUUUGCCACCCAUUAAAUGCACGAUCCCACGCUUCUCCUCAUUUUCACAUACUCCCCCCCCCACUUGGGGGAGUGAAAGUCACAUCCCGAAGGUGAUUUGGAAUCAGCUGGUCGAUUGGUUUGAACUGGUGUUGAAGUUGAAUCACCCGCUAAUAGCUCGAUCCGUGACGUCAGAGUCGGAACCAUUUUACUUAUGACAUCAUCGCGGACAGUCGCGUGUGGUAAGAUUUUUUCUUUUUUUUUUCUUUGCCACUCUAAUUCACCUUCAUCUCCUCACUGUUGUGGCAUAUCUGUUGCAUUUACUGUGAGGACUCUAAAGCAAAACCCCCUUCUUACCCCAUCGGUCGGUUGAAUGGUGGUGGCAGGAGGGAAAAGGAUUUAUUUUUAAACAAAACUGGUGAACCACCGUAAACCAAACGCAUUAAAAUUUCAAUAGUCAUUUUCCCACGAGCACGGUUAGGAUGGGAAAAGAGGGAGAAGUGGAAGAGACCGGGCGGAAGCUACCCUUUUCUUCCCCUCCAAGGGGCCCCCUCAUAGGAACGUGCAGGAACGUGGUGGAAAAUAUAUAGUAGCUACUAUUGCAAAACGAGGAAAACGCAAAAAAGUUUAUCAAAUGGACGCUGCUCCACGGUUCCAUCCACAUGCCCUGAUCGCCAAGCGGUACACCGGAUGAAAGCUGAAUGAAAUUCCUUUAACUUUGUUCCGUUUGACGUCACGCGUAAACAUGCGUAGGGCGCUGGACGAUACGCAACUACGUAAGAUGUGUGUUUUCGUGUUGUUUUGUUUUUUGCUUUCCUCCCCACAUUCGCCACAGAUGCGUAAAAUGCCGAAAGGAUUUUCGUUUACAUUCGAUCGGCCUGGAGGGAAAAUUUAUAUUUGAUUACUGUUUUGCGUUCCUGUAACCGGGCAUUAUUUCGUUCUAUCUGAAAUGCCAUGCAUUGUUGUUAAGAGAAGAUCGCCAUUUUUAUUUUUACUUUUUAAAUAAAAUAUUUCAAAAAACAAAAUUUUAAACUAAAGACUAAUUCCCUCUUUUCAUUAUUAGAAGAAAUAUUUGUAAAAAAUUAUAAUAAAAUAUUGAUGAAUAUUUUGCUUUAACAGUGAUAGCCAGUAAAAUGUGACAACUGCAUAAUAUUUCAUAUUUUUUAUUUAUCACAUCUUGUUUCUUUUCUUUAAAUUAUCAGUAAUAAAUACACUAAAACAUUAAAAAAACUCAGUACAACGGGUUGACUUUGUGAUCGAUCAAAUAUCUAGAGAUACAAAAUAAUUUUUCGAAGGAAGUUGAUGAUUCAAAUUCUAUGUUAUUAAUUAAUUUUCAAUUAAUGACGUAAAUAAAAAUAACAGCAUAAAUUUUCGAAAGGCCACGCUUCAAUUUUGCAUAAAAUUACCCCUAGCCUAUAAACCGUUUCAAUUCUUCCGAACCGAUCACUUUUUAUCAGGUGUUGUUGCUUCUCCAAAUUGUUGAUGCUUCAAAAGUUUAACUUGUACUUAUCAAUUGAUUUCAUGUGGCUGUGUGUCGAAAUCCUCGACCUGUUAUUAUACAAAAAUAGUCUUUCUUUAUUUAUUCAUAGUUUCCUCAAUUUUUCAUAAAUUGAAAUCCUUGUUUUUAUCUGCUUGAUAAAAGUAUUUUGUUUCACAGUAUUUUUUCAUUAAGUUUUUCUUUCAUAUUUAAAGAAAAUCCAGUGGAAAAAACUUUCUUUUUAAAGUUUUUUGGAACGUCUCCUGAUAACUUUUUUUCCAAUGAUUGAAGUGAUUUCCGUGAAAAAAAAUAUUCAAAAUUUCUUUCUUUUCAAAUUUUCUAUCUUAUAUCAAUUACCACCACUGUACGUAUUUGCUAAAUUAAUUUGAUAGUGUUUGUUCGUUAAAUUUAAUUAGAAAAGAAAACAAAAAUUUAUACAUAGUUCCUUUAUUGCUACUAAAAUGUUAUGAAAAUUGUAUUUAUAAUCAUAAUAACAUUUCAUAAUUUUGUAAAUAAUCUUCAACGUUUGAUAAAAGCUGAUCUAAGGUUAACCAUGGAACACACUACAAAAUGUCAAAAGUCAAACGCUUUUAAGAUCCCUCCUAAUGUAAGGCAUUAUGAAAACCUUCAGCUAAUUGAUUUUAUUACACUUUUUAAUCGUAAUGGAUAUUCUUUCUUCAAACAGCUCAGAAAGGGACCUAUUCACCUGCCAUGAAUUUUUGAACCAUGUUUAGGCCUUUAUGUGUUUUCUUUUUUUCCAUUACCAUUAUUAUUCGCCGAUCUUUCUUCACUUCUACUUCACAUAAAUUAUCCAUUUAGUAUAUUUAUUUCUCAAUCCUUUCCAUCGCAAUAAACUGACGAAACAAUUUACUUAAAUAAACUGCCCAACCACUCUGUGAUGUUCUACCCUGCCCUCGUACGAACCUGCACGAUGGAUUUCCAUUGAUCAAAGAUGCAAUCAAAAUUUAUCAUCGCACUUCAUUGCGAAGGAAACCCAGAAGUAGUAUUAUCGUUCGACACGUCGAUUCCGAACAAAAUAAAAAACAACAACAAAAAACUGUAUACAGAAUUCGCUUCUCGCAAACGCCAACACCGCAAAACCUGUUCAACCGCCCGCAUCUUAACCUCUUCAUCCGGUGGGGUUCGUCAUAUUUUCGGUAAUUGGCCGUAUGCAAAUGAGGGCUCAAAGCGCGCUCUUGAUCUUUCGUCGGGUUUCCCAUCCUUGCUGCUGUUCUCUGGCCUGCUCCGUUAUUCAGAAUCAGCUUCGUCUUUGCCUUUCGGCUUCACCCCAAAAAACAAAAAAAAAACAUCUGCAUCUGGCUGCGGGGUGUGUUCUCUAAUGCUGUCAGUGAGCUGUAUAAAUAAAACAGCAUGAAACGAUAUGCCGCUGUAAACAGAUUAAAUCCCCGUGGCUGCGGGUUUUGUGGUGUCGAUCGCUUUUUUCCUCUUGUUCUUCCCACCCCCCCCCCCCCAAAAAACCGCAUCUACCGGGAACGCUUACCCCGAUUUGGUGCGCCCCGGUUGUCGAUAAAUCAUUUUGAGGUGGAUUUGAUCUAGGAUUUCUUCGUCUAUAAUACCCCGCAUGACUGCAAGCGUAUCUUAUUCGCAAUGAAAUGUGGGCCACAACGAUGCGGGGAAAACAAAGGGCGGAAAACACAUCAAACGAGACGCAUCUUCGGUAGUCUUCGAUUCUCAUGGAUUAGAAUGGAAUGUUGGCCUACCUACCAUCAAUUCCGGUAACACGAUGCGCCACGCUCAAUUAUUAUUCUUUCACAACACAUCGAAAACAUGAUGCUUUCGUCACUCGUGGGAGUGAUUAAUAUUCGCCACACUCUGGCUUCCACUUGUUUUUUUUUUGUUGUUCUGAUGCUUCUUGUUUGCAUCUUGUUAGCAUCACAGGAGCAGCCACAUCUUUAACUAACGCUACUUUUUUUUCUAAACAAAAUUUUUCAUCCUCCCACCCGUGAAGGAAUUGCCGAUCUGUGUCACUGGGGAAAAUCGAUUGUAAAAAAAAGAAGAAAUCAUAACCCAAGGUCACACGGUGAAAAACAAACGCUUCUUGAAUGCUCAUGCAGACACGUUCACAUACCGAAUCUACGCACCAUCUGGGGAUCUGGGACCCGUUUCGCCAUCUCCAUUGAUUUAUUGCCGUCGAAUAUUUUUUGGAUGAGGAAUGGGUAAGCUGGGAACACACAUUACCGCCAUGACCUUGGCAGAUGGUCAUAUGGUGAAUAUGGGGGGAAAGAAAAAAGAAAACAACUAACACCAAAUGCAAAUGAUGUGGGUUUUUCCUUCAUGCAAAGUACAGCCAAACGCAGUUUGUUUGACGCGGGGAAAGUUUUUUUUUGUUUUAUCAACUUUAUGCCGUCAGCAACAUUCCUAAACCGUCAUAUAUUGCCUUUCCAACCAACGGUCACUACUCGAGUGUGUCGAUUCGAAAAUGUUUGUGUUUUGGUUGUUUUUUUCCUCUGCCCUUAGUUUUCUCACAACUUUCGUAUCAUAACGCUCUUCGCAUUCGGUGCAUGAGCACUGUUUACUGCUGGGAUUGAACCAGUUGAUCGAGGGGUUUUUUUUUUUUGCUUUGGCAAACAAGUGAACCAAACUGAGGCGAACAUACGAGAAUAAACGAGAAAAAUGUUUGUUCCAUUACUUUUGACACACGUGUUCUAAAACAGCGUUACAAAUCAAUCACAAACGGUACAGCUUGAGUUCGAAUGUAACGUACAUUUGUGAGAAAGAAAUAUUUUUAUUGUAUAAAAUUUUCUGUUGUAUUAAUUACUCAUAACUUUCUCCAUGAUAUUGAAAUGGAGAAUUUGAAUUUAAAUAAUUAAACUUCAAAAAAGAAGCAAAACAAAGCGAUCCAAUACUUUCCUCUACGAUCGAUGUACACAACUCUGACGGGGGG